AUGGAGGAGGCCUUGAAGGAUCCUAGAUGGAGGGAGGUUGUUAAGGAAGAAAUUAAAGCACUAGAAAGCAACAAGACUUGGACCCUAAUAGAGUUGCCACAAGCAAAAAAAAAACUUAUUGUUUGUAAGUGGGUGUUUACUAUGAAUUACAAUUCAAAUGAAAUUGUUGAAAGGUUCAAGUCAAGGCUUGUUGCUAAGGGCUUUACUCAGUCUUAUGGCAUUGAAUUCCAUGAUACAUUUGCUCUGGUAGCCAAACUUAAUACAGUUAGGGUUCUGCUCAUCUUAAUUGUAAAUGAAGAUUGGGAACUACAUCAACUAGAUAUCAAGAAAGUAUUCUUGAAUGGAAAUCUGGAGGAAGAAGUGUAUAUAAGACUAUAUCUAGGAAUGGAAGAAGCGUCUCCGCCGGUCACUAACGUGACCAAGGUGGUGGAAGGGGAAGAUAAAACGGAAAGAAAUUAUAAAAGAAUCCGACCAACGGAAGGUGAUGGUGUUUUAGAAGAGGGGGUACCAAAAAGAUCAUGGAAAGAUGCAGUGAUAAGCCCUACCUUUCUUCCCGGAAAUUUCCAAUUAUCGACGGAAGUUGAAGAUGAGGGUUCAGACGAUGAAGCAGCUCCUGAAGGGGAUGACAUUCCGACAAUCAGGAUUCCUCAAGAAUUAAAAGAAAAAUUGAGGAAACCAUGGAGAAAGGCACUCAUUAUCAAGAUUUUGGGUAAAACAGUGGCAUAUAAAAUCCUAAUCAGUAGGAUAACAAAUCUGUGGAAAUUGGAAGGUGAGUUUGAUUGCAUUGAUCUUGGAUAUGGGUUUUAUGCAAUUAAAUUUCAAAAUAUGCUGGAUAGAGCUAAGGUCCUCAUGGAAGGUCCUUGGAAGAUCAUGGAUCACUACAUCACGGUGCAGAGAUGGCGUCCCAAUUUUGUGGCAGCGAAAGCAAGUAUUCCUUCUACGGCAGUUUGGAUUCACAUUCCUGGGCUCCCUAUCGAGUACUUCGAGGAAAGUAUCUUGUGUAAUCUGGGUAAGCUUGUUGGCAAACCACUUAAGAUUGACUACCAUACAGCUUGGUCAACAAGAGGACGAUUUGCUAGAAUAUGCGUAGAAAUUGACCUAGACUCUCCCCUGUUGUCUAAAGUUCGUAUAGAAAAUAGGAAAGAAGCUCCAAUGAAUAGAGAGGCCAACAUGGAACCACAAGUGUCAGAACAUCAAGUUCAAAGGAGAACACGUGGUAUUAGAAGUAAUCAGAGAAAUCAAAGUAGCAGAAUAUUUGAGCCACGACAGAAUAACAGAUUUGAUGGGUUGAACAUUAUGGAUGAGGAUAAGAUAUGUAAGGGAAAGGAGGAACAUAGCCGUAAACAAGAGGUAAAUGAAACUUCAAAUAAGUUUGAAAUGUCAUCAAAGGACAUGAAAUCUAACCGAAGCGAAGAAGGUAACAGCAGAGCAAAAGACAAUAUCCCGGCAGACAGCUCAUACGAUGGGUCCUCUAGGAAAACCAAAGGUAAUUUUCAAUCUCCCAAGCUCUUUGUUAAGAGAGACAACCAGGGUAGUAAUAACAGGGGUUUCCGGCGAGGUUUGAUCUUACUCUGGAAUUCUAACUCGCAAAAGGUUUCCAUUAGGUACCAAACAGAUCAGGUUAUCCAUUGUGAAAUUCAAGAGAACGAUAAAAUAUGGUUGCUCUCCACUGUUUAUAUCCAACCUCAUUCAACCAAAAAGGACGAAGCAUGGGAUAAUAUCUACGAUUAUUCUACAAGCGUUGAUCUGCCUUGGAUGAUUAUGGGUGAUUUUAAUGAUUUUGCUUCACUUGAUGAACGUGUUGGCAGCAGCUUCGAUUGCAUGGACCGUAUCAUCAAGUUUCACGAACUCUGGAAUAGGUGCAAUCUAAUGGAUGCUGGUUAUGUUGGUAGUAAGUUUACAUGGACUAGACACUCCCAGGGAAGAGUCACUCUUCAGGAAAGGCUCGACAGGUUACUGCACAAUAUUGAGUUGGUUAAUUGUUUUCCUAAUUUAAGAGUGGUUACCUUAACUAGAAUGUAUUCUGACCAUAACCCGAUUCUGGUUAACACGGAUUUGGAACUGCCAGUCGAUAAAGAGAAACGACCAUUUAGAUUAGAAGCAGCUUGGAUGAUGCAUGAUGAUUUUAACAGGAUUUUUAGUUCAGCAUGGGAUAAAAAGAAAAAUUCUCUUGUGGAUGCGGUGGAAGAGACUAAGAGAACUCUUAUAGAAUGGAAGGAGAGUACUUUUGGGAACAUAUUCAAACGUAAGAAAAUUUUGAUGAAACAACUUCAAGGCAUCCAGAGAUCCACAAAUUAUUUUCAUUCGAAUUACCUUCAGGAAUUGGAGAAGACCCUGAAAGGUGACUAUCAACAAGUGUUGGAGCAGGAGGAAAUCUUUUGGCUUCAGAAAUCAAGACUGGACUGGAUUGUGAAAGGCGAAAGGAACACAAAGUUCUUUCAUCUAACUACGAUGAUAAGGCGCAAAUUUAAUAAAAUAGUUGGCCUGUACAUUGAGAAUGUUUGGGUUACGGGAAAACAAGACCUUUGUCAACAUGUUUACAAUUAUUACAAGGAGUUGUUUGCUGGGAAAGAAUACAUACAAUUGUCUAGAGAUUACGAUAGCUUCAUACCAAGAUUGAUGGAAGAAGAAAAAAUCGAGCUAACGAAGCAAGUCACUAUGGAGGAAGUGAAAGAAACUUUGUUUUCCAUGAAAGGUCUUAAAGCCCCGGGUUCGGACGGCAUUCAACCAAUCUUUUAUAAACAAAAUUGGGAGACUGUUAGAAAUACUCUUCUUGAUUUUGUGAAUAAGACCUUGGAAUCGAGGAAAAUGGAGGGGAAAAUAUUAAGAACGUUCCUGGUGCUUAUACCGAAAAUUACUGUAGCAGAUAAUAUCACUCAAUUUCGGCCAAUCAGCUUACUGAACACAUCAUACAAAAUCUUCUCCAAAAUCAUUGCCCGUCGGUUGUGUCCUAUGCUGCAAAGGUUGAUAGGUCCUUAUCAGAACAGUUUCCUUAAAGGUAGAAGUACCUCGGAUAAUAUUUUGAUCGUCCAGUAA